GGUCCAACUUCAGCUUCUUCUGAAACGCGACAGCUUUUCUUUGGCCUGCCAUGGAGCCCCUGGGAAUGACCACUAUUUUCUUAAUGACUUGUUUCUCAUGCCUUCUCUUUUCAGCAUGGAGAAGUAAAUCUCGCACAGGGAAGCAGCCUCCUGGUCCUUUGACACUCCCGUUCGUUGGAAACAUGCUCCAGCUGAACCCGCGAAACUUGCCGCAAAGCCUGGAGGAGCUCAGCAAGAAGUAUGGUCCUGUCUUCAAAAUACAUUUAGGCCCAAAAGAGGUUGUGGUGCUGUAUGGCUAUGAUGCUGUGAAAGAAGCUCUGAUUGAUCAGGCAGAUGAGUUCAGUGGAAGAGGCACUCUACCACUGCUUGACAAACUCUUCCAGGGCACAGGUAUUGUGACUAGCAAUGGGGAAACGUGGAAGCAGCUCCGACGAUUUGCCCUCACUACCCUGCGUGAUUUUGGGAUGGGGAAGAAGAGCAUUGAGGACCGGAUCCAGGAGGAAGCUCAUUUUCUGGUGGAGAGGCUCAAGAACACAUGUGAACGACCCUUCAACCCUAACAAGUUCCUAAUCCAUGCUGUUUCCAACAUCAUCUGCUCCAUCGUCUUUGGGGAUCGGUUCGAUUAUGAGGAUAAAAAAUUUCAGACUUUAAUUGAGUUGCUAGAGGAAAAUAACAAGAUCCAGAAUUCUAUACAAACACAGCUAUACAAUUUCCUCCCAAGAGUCCUGGAGCACUUACCUGGGCCUCAUCAAACAAUGGUGAAAAAUAUUGAAGCAGUUGAUAAAUUUGUUUCUGAAAUCAUAAUGGCCCACCAGGAAUCUCUGGAUCCCACCUGUCCUCGAGAUUUUGUUGACGCUUUUCUUAUCAAAAUGGAACAGGAAAAAGGGAACGCGCAUUCAGAAUUCACCACUGAGACCUUGACCAGAACCACACUUGACUUGUUCUUUGCUGGAACAGGGACAACCAGCAACUCACUGAGAUAUGGGCUUUUGAUUCUCCUGAAAUACCCAGAGAUAGAAGAGAAAAUUCACAAAGAGAUUGACCAUGUGAUUGGCCGAGACCGAAGCCCCUGUAUGGCAGAUCGGAGCCAGAUGCCAUACACAGAUGCUGUGAUCCAUGAAAUCCAGAGAUUCAUUGAUUUCCUUCCACUUAAUGUCCCACAUGCUGUGACCCAAGACACCAAGUUCAGAGACUAUCUUAUCCCCAAGGGCACUAUGAUAUUCCCUGUGCUAAGAUCUGUCCUAUACGACAGCAAGGAGUUUCCAAAUCCAGAACAAUUUGACCCAGGCCAUUUCUUAAAUGCAAAUGGUACCUUUAAAAAGAGUGACUACUUCAUGCCAUUUUCUGCAGGAAAACGCAUCUGUGCAGGAGAAGGUCUGGCACGGAUGGAGCUCUUCAUAUUUUUUGCAGCCAUCCUGCAGAAUUUUACUUUGAAACCUGUUAAGGAUCGCAAGGACAUUGACAUUUCCCCAAUAAUCAGCAGUCUUGCAAAUAUGCCCCGACUUUACGAGGUCUCUUUUCUUCCACGUUAGACAAGUAAAGACAGCUUAGACACUCAGACUGUUUGCUAGAUUCUUUAUCAAGAUAACUGUCAUACUAAAAAGAAGAAAAUGUUUGUAUGUAUCCAUCUCUAAACAGAGUAGGUGGUUGCACAGGGGAGGAGAGAGCUCCCUAGGGCAAAACUAUACAGGCUUUCCUCCACGCCCACCUCACCUAACCCAGCUCCCUAUGUGGUUCCUGACAUCCUGACAUGGCAGGGUAUGUGAGCUGGUGCUCCGAGAGCCCUGCUUCUGCUGCCUGUACCACCUGAUCCUCUCAGUACAGCAGGAACAGACAGUUGUACCACAGGGUUUUCCCAGACAUUGCUUGAGGUAGGUGCCUCUCCUCUGUAGUUUCAGCUUUUUUUGUGACCUAUUUGUAAUGGUAAGCACAAACUGUGUAGAACUGUUUUUUUUUUUUUCUGU